AAAUAACGACAACCAAUAUUAUAACUUAUAAGAUAAGCAUUUUUUCUUUUCUUUUCAUGGGAAUGAGUAUUUCCUGUUAUUGAGUUUGGAACAGUGAUGGAGAACAACCCUAGUUCAUCCAGAGUUGACAGAAAAUUCGUUGAAAGGAAUAGAAGAAAUCAAAUGAAAGCUCUCUGCCAGAAGCUCAACUCACUUCUGCCUCAUCAAACUUCUAAGGAGGCGAUUUCAGUGCCGGAUCAGCUAAAGGAAGCAACAAACUACAUAAAGAAAUUGCAGAUCAACCUGGAGAAAAUGAAGGAAAAGAAGAAUUUUCUACUAGGAAUUCAAAGGCCAAAUGUGAAUUUGAAUAGAAACCAGAAGAUGGGAUUAAAGUCUCCAAAAAUUAAGAUACAACAAAUUGGUUUAGUCUUAGAGGUUGUUCUAAUAACUGGAUUGGAGUCUCAGUUUUUGUUCAGCGAAACCUUUCGAGUUCUUCAUGAAGAAGGAGUUGAUAUUGUUAAUGCUAGUUAUAAGGUCAAUGAAGAUUCUGUUUUCCAUUCAAUACACUGCCAGGUAGGAGAAUUUGGCAAUGAAGCUGCAAGAAUAUCUGAGAGAUUGAAGAAGUUUAUGCAAGACUAUUAGCCUAAUGCAUUUUAGUGUGUGUAUCAAUGCAUGACUUUCUGAUUUUACUAAGCAUAUAUAUACAAAUACAUAUACGCUACGAAGAUGUUUGGACAUUUAUAUUUUAUGGUCUAGUAAGUCCUCUAAUUUCUAGGGAUAAAGGGAUGUUAAGUUUGAUAAAAGAAAAAAAUUUGGUUUUGUCAGGUAAAUGAACCUGGAUAUUUGGAGGCUUAUACAAAGUCUAUAAAUGUGUGCAUUUUAUAAUAUUUGGAUUCUGCUUUCAA